AUGGCCGCCGUUUCAGUCGAUGUCGUGCGUUCCGCGGCCGGUCGUCCGUUUAUUGCGCACCGAUCAGACGUGGCUGCUAAGCGGAGCCUGAGUCUUCUAGCGCCGCUGCCUUGCCUCUCACAAGCCUCGUCCACCCGCAUUGCAUGCUCCCAUCGCCGCAAUCCGCGGAUCACGGUGCGAGCCACCGGCGAAUCGCCUCCGCCUGCUCCCAGCGACAGGGAGUCAGCGUCAGCCGACAAUGACUCGGAGCAGCAGAAACACUGUACCUCUCUUUUGAGAAGCUGGCGGGGGGGCAGGGCUUGUCCCAUUAACGAGUCAUGCACUGACGUGCUCAACAGCCCAUACGCCUCCCUCUUUGGCAUCCCCCUCCCAGUCUUCGGCUUUGCUGCCUACUCCACCGUCGCCCUCCUCACCUACCUCUCCCGCCCCUCCUCUCCGCAAACCCCUCUCGAGGCCUCCACUCUCUCCUCCACUGCACGCUGGCUGCUUCUCUCCCUCACGGCUGCCAUGGCUACCACCAGCGGCUACCUCAUGUUCAUCCUCGCUACCGAGCUGGACGGCGCGUUUUGCCUCUAUUGUGUCACCUCAGCUACUCUGUCCACGUUGCUGUUUGCCCUCACAGUGAAGUCCUUCUCAUGGCGAGAGUUGCAGCAGGCGCUGCUGCCCCAGCUAGCCCUGGUGACGGCAACCGCUGUGGCUCUCUCCCUCUCCUUUGCUGAUGUCAGGGACACCGAGAUUGACCUUGCUGCUAUUGAGCCCGAGGUCACGACUGUUUCGACACCUGUGCGCGUGCAAUUGGCCAAGCAUCUGUCGAAUGUUGGGGCAAAGCUGUAUGGCGCCUUCUGGUGCUCGCACUGCUAUGAACAAAAGCAGGCUUUUGGAGCAGAAGCUUCCAAGUACCUUCCGUACGUGGAGUGCUAUCCAGAGGGCUUCAGGGCAGGAGUGAAGCUUGCUAAAACGUGCCAGGAUGCCAAUAUUGAAGGAUUCCCAACAUGGAUCAUUGAUGGCCAGGUUUUGCCAGGAGAACAAGACCUUGAUGAACUUGCUCGCCUCACAGGUUUUGAGGGGAAGUGA